UUUGAUACCACAAGAGAAACACUUAAAGCAGCAGCAAACUUCACUCUUCAGACUGAAGAAAGAAGGCAAAAGGAAAGCAAGAGAAGUGAUGGAAGAUACAUUCAACAAAGACACAAAUAUCAGCAGCUGGAAACAAGUGGAGAGGAGAAUGCCUCCCAAAAAAAUCCUCAUCUUCCUUUUCUUCAUCCUAUCAGCCCUUUCCUUCUUCAGACUCUUCAAAAUGACGAUCAACUCUUCAACUCUUCCCAAAGCUCUACAUGUACCCCGCAAGCUCACACACUGUACAACCACUCAUGAAGAAGACAAUCUCACUACAAAAGAGUACCAAUUUAUUUCAAACCUCAUCUCCAGAAAAGCCCCCUGCAACCUCCUUUUCUUCGGAUUCAAACCACAAGUUCUUGGCCUUGCAUUAUUAAAUACAAAAGGGGUCACGGCUAUUUUGGAGGAUGACGAGGAGAAGCUCAAGAGAAUCACUGAACAAACAAUAGGAGUGAGAUUUUUCAAAGUGAAGUAUCAUGAGAAGGCCAAAGAAGCAUAUGAGCUACUUAAGCAUGCACGAGAACAUUUUGGUUGCAAACUUGAAGCAAUUAAACUCCUCGAGGAGAGAGGUUGUAGGCUACAAAUCGAAAUGCCAAAAGAAGUCUAUGAUAAAAAAUGGGAUGUGGUCGUUGUUGACGGGCCAAGAGGAGAUAAUCCAGAAACACCUGGAAGAAUGGAAGCAAUCUAUGAAGCAGGAGUUAUUGCAAGAUUAGGGAACUCAACCGAUGUUUUUGUUCAUGAUGUUCAGAGGACGAUAGAGAAAUGGUACUCUUGGGAGUUUCUUUGUCAUGAGAAUUUGAUUUCUUCAAAGGGAAAGUUAUGGCAUUUUAGAGUGGAAGGUGGAUCUAAAUUGACUAGCUUCUGUCCUGAAGUUAAAUUUCAUAUUUUGUAGGAUAAUUUUUUGUAUAAUUAUAGAUGUAACUCAGCGGAAAUAGUUUAAUCCAUUGGAAGCUGCAUUAUAGUA